UUGGCAAGGGGAGGUUGUGUCGUUUAAAAAUGCAAAUAAUUUAGUUAUUAUCAAGAAUUUCAUUGUUUUUUUGGUUAUUUUAUGAAAAUAUUGAGCCAAGAUGAUUGGGAGCGACUAUACUCUGGAGUUGUGUAAUGUUUUCCAUUCUGGACAGGUGGAGCCAGGCAGCUUCAUCCAGCGCGUGACCGGUGGCGUGAAAACGGGCGUGAUCCUCAAGGAUGUCUCCUUCACCACGCACAGCGGGGAGGUCACCGCGAUUCUCGGAUCUAAAGGUAGCGGCAAGCGAGCCCUCCUCGACGUGAUAGCGCGACGUGUGCCCUCCAAAGGUCAUAUCUUGUUAGAAGGAGUGCCUUUAGAAGAACAGCAGUUCAACAACUCGUGCGCACUGGUGCGACACUCCACCAGGCUGCUGCCUGGACUCAGUGUGCAGCAGACAUUGGCACUGUCACUUACUAAGCUUUCCGGAUACCUGAAGUCCUCAAAGGUCAAGCAAGUGAUGGCUGAUUUAGCUUUAUCGCAGGUCGCUCACAAAUGCGUCACAAACUUGACGAAAAGCGAAUAUCGAAGACUGAUCAUAGGCGUGCAGCUGAUUCGAGAUCCGAUUAUCCUUCUGCUGGAUGAACCGACAUGGGAUCUAGAUCCCUUGAACACAUACUUGGUCAUCUCCAUACUGUCCAACGCAGCCAAGAAGUACGGAACAGCCAUUAUUCUCACGAUGGAGAAACCACGAUCAGACGUGUUCCCGUUCCUGGACCGCGUGGUGUACCUAUGCCUGGGUGACGUGGUGUACGCCGGCCCCACGAGGAACCUUCUCGACUACUUCGGUAGUAUCGGCUUCCCAUGCCCACAGCUUGAGAACCCUCUCAUGUAUUACUUGUGCCUAUCAACAGUGGACCGUCGUUCCCGCGAACGUUUCAUAGAGUCCAACCACCAGAUAGCGGCGCUGGUGGAGAAGUUCAAGCUGGAAGGCCAAGGUCUGAUGCAGGGCAACCUGAACGACCACAGCCGCAUCAUCAACCCGAAUAAGAUACAGCUCAAUUACGGCAAGCCUGGGGGAGUAAGAGUUAUAUGGUUGCUGUAUUUGAGAAUGCUGGCGUCGAUUUUCAACGUAAAGAAGCAUGGCUUAAAGCAGAUGUUUAUGCGACUUUUCACCUUGCCAAUAUACUUCUUCAUUCUAUGGGUGUUUUACAAUGAAGCUAAGGAUUACCAAAGGGCUUUCAUCACAAAAAGCGGGCUCAUAUUCAAUGCUAUGGUCGGAACGUAUUUCAUCAGUAUUAUGAACACGAUUUGCCUUUUCGGUCCAUACAGAACGCGCUAUUACCAAGAGUCACAGGAGGGGCUAUACAGUGGCGCAAGUCUACUUCUCUCGUGGAAUCUCGUCUCUAUUCCGUUCUCCUUUAUCACUACUUUCGCCUCUGCUGCCAUUAUUUAUCCGAUCCUCUCAGACAUAUCGGAGACCAUGGACUACCUCUACUUCUCGCUAGUCCUGUGGUCCUGCUACAUCUACGCGGAGCAGCAGUCUAUCGCGAUCAUGAUGUUCGUCAAGAACGGCCUGAUCGCAGCCAUGGUCAACAUCUACUUGACCUGCAUCUACGUCAUGUUGGCCAGUGGAGUGUUGAGAUCCUACAAGGGCUACGAAGAAUGGCUGUACUACAUCACAUACAUCACGCAUACGCGGUAUGCCUCCAUCUUCCUUCACAGAAACAUCUUCAAACAGCCAACAUUCAACAUACUACCCUACAGCGACACUGAGAACUGCACUUCCAUCACCAACUUAAUACAGACUUCAUCAAACUUAAAUACAAAUUCGAACUCUAACUGUCGAUACGCAAGUGGCAAAGCUUUCCUUACCGAGCGAUUCACAGCUAAGAGCUUCGCAGGCGAUAUCUACUUAUCGGGAGACUUCAAUCUGGACUUCAAUUUGGGCGUCUCAUUCGCUUUCUCAUUAGGAAUCAUGGUGUUGAAUAAGUUUCUUUACUUAAUGCCUUUGCCCGGUUAUAUCACUGAUAAGUUUAGAGAGUAAUUUGAGUAUCUUCAAAAAUUUACAUAGAUAUUUUCCAAAAUGUAAACAAUAAGUACCCUCGAAACUGGUUUUUAAGCGCGCAAUUUUGUUAACAUUUUAAGAUUGUUUUAAUGAAAUUAAUUUUAAGAGAAUUUUAAUGUAAGAAGAUAAGUAUAGUGGUAGAAUCCGUCCAUUUAAUUUAAUGAAUUAUUAUAAUUAGGGAAAUACUAACAGUUAUAUUGUAAUUUGUAAGGAAAUAUAAUAUGAUUUAUUAUUUGAA